AUGACAGAAGCGCAUAAAUAUGGAGACAAAUUGGGCGCAGUUUUAUUCCAGGUAAACCGAAGUUAACCCGACUUGCUAUUAAUUGACGUUAACAACUUUUCUCGGCUUUUACUGCGACUGUUUGGUUCCGAGUGGUUCGAUUAAAGUUAUUGUAAGCUUAAUAUGGCUUACUGUGCAGAAAUAAACUUAAUGUAUAAUUGUCAAAUUUUACGAAUUUGCAGAGAACUGAUGAAAAAAAAAAUCAAGUCCCGGUUAAAAGUUCAUAAAGUUUUUUUAAAAACUUUAUUGAUUAUCACCUUUAAAAACAGAUGUGCUUUCACAGAAGAAGCAAACAAAGGCAGAAACAGACUAAGGACAGUUAAAAGCUCACCUCAAUGUUGUUUGAGCGUCUUGACAAUUGGUUUUUCAGUUGUGCAAGCAUACACAGACUUUUGCUGCAAAAUAUGAGAAGGAGGUUAAUGGUUUUUUUUUUCUUUAGGGUUUGCCAUGAGAUAAUCCACUUUGUUAAUUUACAGGUUCAAGAUGAUUUGCGGAAACUCAGAUGUAGCCUUGUGAAAUUCACCAACAGUGAAAGAGAAGAAACUCUGGAUGUUCAAGCCUUGGACUCUGCCAUUCAGAAAACUGAGACUAGAAUCAGGGUAAGGAUGUCUCAUGCACACACACACACACACACACACACACACACACACACACACACACACACACACACACACACACACACACACACACACACACACACCAUUGAUAGACUAGAUAGGCAAACACAGGUGAAUAAUAGACAAUUUUUAUGUUUUUUUUAUUUUUUUUAUUCUCUUCUUCUGUUUUUUUUUUUAUUUUUAUUUUUUAACAGAAACAUGUCGAGGAUUAUCUGAAUAUAGUGACCAAACAGCCACUGGUUCUUCCAGCCAUUGAAGACUUUCCUCAAAAGACAACGCACAUUCCCAAAUGGUAAAGAAAGAAUUAUAUGUCUUACAUUACUAUAUGAUUUUCUAAGAUGGGGACAUAUAUCUCACUGCUAGAACACUGAAAAUAUGAAUGGAAUAAAACUGCAUGAAUUAUAGUGAUGUAUCACGGCCUCGAAAUCCAGGAAACCUGCCCCGGAGAAACUUGUUCCAGGCAUCGCAGAUAUGCAUCCACAAAGAAAAAAUCUUCCAGGUCCUUCAGCCGGGGAAAGGGUAGGUCCUUCAUUUAUGAAAGAGUUUUACUUAUUUUUUUUUCCAACUGAAGGUAAAUACCUUAAAUUCAGAAAUUUCACUGCAUGUGCAAAAUGUUUUAACAGGAAAGGCAAACAAAAAUGGAAUCAUCAAACUUCAAAUGAGACAAAUGAAAAAAAAAAAUACAUAUAUCAGACUUAACAGACUGUUGCAUAUAUUUAAAUAUGCAUACAAGUGUUGCCGACACUAUUUUCACAUGACACCUUGCUAAAAUUACAUUACACUCUUCUCUUUUCAGCACAACCAAGCAUUAGCCACGCGCCUGCUGCUUAAUCCCACUCACCUGAACAAAAGAGCCCUUUUACACCAGAAAUUUCAGACAUCACUCCCUGAUAUCCACAAGAGGAGCUCAAAUACAGUAAGUAAUGUAAAAUGUAAAAGUUUGGAUUGAUAUAUGUAAAUGCUUGAAUAUAUUGUAAAUCACUCAGUACCAUCUAUUGAAGUGGUGUGGAAUCCAGUGAGAUUGAAGGAAACAUUAUGAAAAUAAAAUGCACCAUGUCUAGCGGGUUACCCUGCAGUUAUUAGGCUGUUAAUGGAUCUGAACUGAACUUUCACCUUGGUGAAUAUAUCUGGCCUAAAGCCUUACUGUUGGCAAAGAUUAUAAUCUGCUAUACUAACAGCACUAUCGUGUCCUGCAGUUGCUUGCUUUGUGCAGUGAGAAAUUGAUCCCUGUGCCUUUGUUGAUAUUAAUGGUAACAUACAGUGCAUGCCUCAAGAAAGAUUCGAUUAGGAAGCAUUUCAGGAGUCUCUUCUGCAAUUAAGAUAAAUUUGACAUAAAUGUUUUCCACUGUCUUAAAUCCCACCAGAGACACUUUAUGCUGGAGUGAAGAGUGAUGGUAUAGCACUACAUUAAUAGAUGCUCCAAGUUCCAAUCUUGUAGAAACCGUGACAUAAAGGUCACCAGGCUUGGUGAUGACAGCAGGCACUUUUCAGAGCAAACAAAUUAAUCUUUACAAAGGUCGACAUUAGUUUAAAAUAUACUUUACACACACUCUUUUCCAGUAUAUUUUUGGGAAUCUAUACCUGACGUGAGAAACAGUAGCCAGGACUGUCACCCUGAUAGAGGAGAGAUGGAAGCGCUGGCUGCAGAAAGCGGAAAACAGCAGAUUGCAGCACAUCAGCAUUCUUCUAAAGAAACAGGCGCCUGAUUGCUGUGCUAUGGGCUAGUGGUUUACAGCUGUCUCAGGACAGGAGUGGGUACCUGGUCCAGCAUGCCAAUAAGACAGCCGUAACUUCCCCAACUGCUAAUCACUGGCUCUCUGCCUGCUGCCGUCUCCUGAAACUCAGGCCAGCUUUUCUCCUCUCCAUACUCAUGCCGGGGAAUGAGCUUUUGCAUUUUAGCAAUUUUAGAAAAGGUGCCACCUUUUCCCAACCCCAUCUGAAACAGAUGUGUGCCUUUGAGGGAAGACUCUCCCAGCACCUGUCUUUUACCUGUGGUCUGUCAGAGAGCUCAGUGGUCUGAGGAGAACAGAGGGAAGGACAUUAGAUCACAGUCUGGAGAAUCAGCAGUGAAAACAUUGUGUUUUGAAUAAUGACGGAUUAAAGUCAAGGACAGCUAUUAAAUGUUUUUGAUUUUGUCAUUUUAAACAAACAGCAGAAUGCACUGAACACAAAGUUGUAUAGCUGAACAUAUUAUAAAAAGAUCUUAAUUUAACCCCAACUGCGAUUAAUUGUAGCUGUUGUAGUUAAAUCUUAAUCUUUGCUACCUUCUGAGUGAUAUGUUGCAAGAGUCUGGGUCAAGGUCACUGCAAUACUCUGCUUGUGCUUCUUUCAAGACCUCCUUACAUCUUUGUGAAUACAGAAAAUAUUUUUACUGCAAACAGAGAAGGCAUCUCUCAUUAUUUUUCAGUACUUAUUCUGCAAUGAAGGUAUUUUUUCUUUUAUCACCAAGCAUGGUCUGAUUUUGAUUGAUGGCUGGUCAACUCCAAUCCUCACAAAAAAAAUAUGCUGACCACAACCUCUGAAGGCUAGCCCAGCAAAUACCAAACCAGAAUCUCAUUCAUUUUUAAAAUGUUAUUUCAUCGAUCUGACUAACUUGUUCUGUAAAGUCAAAACCUCAGAGAAAAAUCAUCGGACCUGCAGUGAGUCAUCAAGAAAUUGAACCAAAAGGCCAGAAAAACCUGAAGAUUUUGGAGGAAGACACAAAGAGAGGUAAACAGACCUUUUAAUAGAGUUAUUUGUGUCUGUAUCUGUGUCAGGCAAACACUUUACAUUUGUGCAUCAGCCUGACGCUUUUUUCUACUACUGAGGACAACUAAACAAAAUCAUGUACUUACAGUGUUUUUUUGAAUUAUUUCAAUUUUGAUCAUUCUCAGAAAUUAUCUUCUCUUAUUUUAAUCAAGUACUUUUGAAUCUUGUCUCAUGUACAAUGUUAAGCAUAGUGUUUUUUUCUGUCUUAUUUAAUCUAUGUGCUGUAUAUUUUCAUCAGGUCCAGAUACAGGUCUGCUUUGUUUUUCGAUCCAGCAGAAGGCUGCUUCUCUUCACCUAAGAGAUGAUUCAUCCUCUAAUAAAAUAGGUCAGUGCGUAUGCAGAGACCUUACAUAAGACGUUUUAAACCAGAUUCUUCAUACCAAAACCAGGGCUAAUAUCCUACUGUACCUUCAAAGGAAAAAUAUGAUAUUGUUGAAUGGUCCAUGAGGUCCUGAAGACUUGGCACUCAUGAGGAAAAUUUUUAACAACACUGACAAUUAUUCAUUUUACCUUUUGUUCAACAAAGCCUUCUCUCAAUUAAAAAAGACAUUUUUAUGAAUUUUGCAGUCGGAAUAGCUUUCACAAGAUGUGAUAACGUUGACUGGAUAGCACUGAGCAACACAAAAAAUGUUGACCUGUGUGUUUGUGAUUUCAGCUCUUUUAAGUCCAAAACCCAGGCAUGACAAGCAGCUGAAAUGGGAAGCAGGGUCUGGAUUGGCCUCUAAAAGAACAGGCAGAAAAUGUACACCCCUGAGGACCCCCAAGACACCGCCGCCCUCCACAACUUCUAAGAGCCUGGACUGUACUGGUAUGAUCCAAGGCACCAACCAUCUCAUCCCCGAAAGCCCUCAAGUAAGACCACUGUUAGUUUUACAUGUACUUAAAGUCAAAUUUAGAUGGCAAAGGUGAAAGUCAACAAACUUGUCAUUUCUAGGCUAUUUUGGUAACCUUCCACUGGUUUCUCUGUGUUCUACAGAAUCUGCCUGUGCAAGUUCCUGCAUUCAUCAGCAAAUACCCCUUUACCAUCAUGGAAGGACAGAUAAACCCAGUGGCCACAGAUUUCUGUCUCUUUAAGCAGAGCUUCAGCUUAUGUUGGAGCAGUGUGUUAGAUGCUCUCGAGGCCCUGGAAAAGCUGCUCAGGGACUAUGCUGUGCCUCUGGCCAAAGUGAGCGGGGAACGUUUGGUAGAGUUUGCCCACGAUUGGGAUAAUAGUUGGAGGAAGACUCCUCCAGGGACCAGGCUCCUCUUGGUGCUUGAAAACUGGGAGGAGGUUCUGGGCCUGGUCAUGCGCCCAGGUCAGCGCUACAAGGGGGAGGGGGGUACUGAGGCAGCUGCCACCCACAUCCAGUCCUGCUGGAGGCGCUACUUAGCCCGCACAUCCUACCUGCACCACUGUCGACGCAAGUGGGCGGCAGAGACCAUCACCAAGUCAUGGUGGAUGCACAAUCAGAUGCGUAAUGUCAGGAAGGCCCUGCAGGCCCGGCGCUUCAGACAGCUGGAGAAUUACCGCAGCAGAGCGCAGGUAGAGGUUUUUUUUCUUUGCAACCAUGUGUUUUCUCGUCCUUCCUUCCUUUCUCUCUAUAAAUUUAGCAACACCAGACUUGGACUUUUUCUGGUCUUUUACUUUUAAUUUGUGACAGAUUGACACCAAAUUUGGUAAAUUGCUUGAUUAAAUUUUCUUUUUUGGCCAAUCACAAUAAAAUUAUUAGCAUAUAAUUUGAAUCUAUGGAGAGAUGACUGUUUCUUUGAUUAGUUAAAUUGUUCAGGAAAAGUUUUUCAGUCGCCAUUGAAAAAUUAUUAUUUUUUUCAAAAUCAUUGUUUGGACAAUGUUUUUUCAAAAUACCUUGACUGUCAUGGUUUCUACAAAAACUGAGUACAUUCUACAGUGCUCAGCAUAAAUGAGUACACCCCUUCAGAGUUGUCAGAAAACCUUUAGCUUUCUUUCAAAAUCAACAUUUUCUAUGUCAGACUGUACAACAAAAUACUCCUCCAAAUGAAGCCAUUGAUUGCAAACAAGAUUUUUUAAGUUGCAUACAAAACACUAUUUUUUUUUUCAAUUUAAAAUCAGGAUAUAAAAAUGAGUACACCCCAAUCAAAGUUCUGGGAGCAAAGCUACAUUUACCAUAUCAGCCUUAUUUUCAUCUUAUUGUAAAUAAAAUGUUAUGUCAAACUCAGCUUUUUCAAAACUUUACUUUUAUUAUGGGGUGUACUGACUUAUGCUGGGCACUGUAUAAGCGAAGACAAAUAUGUCAUAUGCCAUGUGAGUUACAAUGCAGGAUUACUGACUUAAACAUGCUGAUGUUGUACAUUUGAUUUGAUAAAACACAGAGCAACAGAGGGGGCAUGUUUGACUGAUGAGCUAAACAGAGAAAAUCAAGAUUAGUUAAAGAUAUCAAGAAAGAAAGACUGAGAUGAAUAAACAGUUGAUACUGGCUGAAAAAAAAAAGAAUUAUACAUAUUAAACUGCUGUCCUACAUUAAGUGAAACAAACAGACUGUAAUUAUGAGGAAAAUCUUUGUGAUCAAGUUCAGUACAAUUUACAGUAAGUGAAUACAGAAAAAUAUUUAAGAUACAAUGGGUUGCAUUAAAGAUAUGUGUUGAAAUGAUAAAAGGUUUUAAAAUGAAAACAGAUUAUGAAUGGAAGAUCUGGUUUAAGCUGUACUUAAAGUUGUUUGACAUGUUCUUGAUGCAUGAUGUGAAUUUCCCCCUAUUCAACGCUGAUGUCACGUCUCUGCUGUCAUAUGGCUUGAACAUCAUUUAGAGUGCUGACACAAUAUUAAUUAGAAGCUACAAGAUCAUUUAAUUUUAACACCUCUGAGUGUGUAUACAUGCACUAAAUGUAUGUUCUCACUCUUUAAACAUUCAUACCCUGUUAAUUAAGCCUGCUAAUCUUUCACUGGAGGUAGCAUCAUGUACAUUGCUGAUUGAAUUAAUUGCAAGAAGAUGUUUCUAAAGUAAACGCUUAAUUUAAUUAAGGUGGCGUUUUAUGCUUGGUUUGCUGCUGUUCGCCCAGAGAGAUAUUGGCUUGAUGUGUUUUAGCUAUGCAGCAAUGUGAUGAUUUGUGUGUGUGUGUGUGUGUGUGUGUUUGUGUGUGUGUGUCCGUACAUGCUCGAGAGUCCCCUCUCUGAUCACUUCUUUUCUCCAUCCCCAGCAUCUGGCAGCCAACUGGAAACACAUCCAGUCCUCCAAGAGGACCAUUAUCCACAUCCCUUCAUUAGGUAGCUUUCUAUGCCUGCUACACACGCACACACACACACAUACAUACACAGGCACAAACACACACACACACUCACUCUCACACACACACACACACAUCUGAUCUAGCAGCAGCCAUCCCCUGUCUCGCCACUCUGCCCAUAGUCUGGUGGAGGCACUCCGUCUCGUUCAAAUGACUCUCUGCAGGAAAGCACUCACAGGAUGAUGACAGUCCCCCUGCCAGGGAACUGAACAAUUUAGUCUCAAUCGCCAUUUAAUUUGCAGAUUAAGCAAAUGAAAAACCAUUAUGUAGAAUAUUUGCAAGAGACACAAAGGUCUUAUUUUAUUGGUGUGCAAAAAGCACAAAAGGGGGGAAAAGCUGCUGUGCUUUUGAACUUGACAUGGAGUGGAAGCUAAGAUCUGUUCUUGUUCUAAUUUCACCAUGGCACUCACAUUUAGACUGUAAUCAGGCAUGUGCAUUGUAAAUCAUUGAGCGGUUGUCUAAAAUUAUUAAGCCUAAUUACUAGCAGAUGGAAUGCUUUAUUUGCACUUGGGGUGGCUACAGAGAGUGCUGUGUGAGCAAGGAUAAUUAGAAAGUUGAACCCCAUUGUUGUUAAUUAGCAUGAAUCCAAUCAUUUAAUUACCUUGAUUCAGUUGAGGAUUCUCUCUCAGGCAGAAAUCCAGACAGACAUUGAGUGAAAUCCUGGAGGUAUCUAUGAAUAUAGCUCAGUGGUGGCUGGACAUGUUGGAACAGGACUCCCGGCACACGACACUGCACCUGCUAGUUAUUAAGCUAAAUGAAUCAUCAGAUUGUACUACUGUGUGAUUAGACUUAACUGCCACACCCUGAAGUCUGGUAGCAUGUACAUCAGAGGGUAGUUGUACCUGGUUAGAGAUCUGGAAUAAAAUUAGUAGGAGGGGAUUACUGUUUGAAAGUCUCUGCAGUUUUUGUGACCUUGUUUUGUCAGGAUUCUCGCAAAGCCGGCGUCAGAACUUGAAGAGAUUCAACACUGUGCAGGACACCCAGCUUUGCAGAUUAUGUGAUACUAGAGGUAAGUGAUUGUCAUAUCCUCAUGUGCCAUAGGAUGAGUUUAUGAAUUUGCUCCACUUAACUACAGAGCUGUAUUUUGUGAAGUCUCUGUGUACUAUUUUAGAUGAAAAUGUGGAGAUCAUCUACGUAUGUCAGAAGCAUCUGGGGGAGGACAUCCUGCACUAUUACACCAGCCUGCUGAAGUGUGAGCAUGUCUCAGAUGGGACUGACACCAGGACAACUCAGGAUCCAUACUGCAGCAGACGCUUUGUCAUCCUUACCCCUGAGGCUGUAGAUUAUUUCGCGGUAGGGUCAAAAGCAUAUACAGUUUAUGUGAAAGUAUCAUUUUUUUUUUUCAGUAGAAAAAGAUUUCUGUAAAGGAAAGGAUCGAAUUGCACUGUUAGAAUGCAUCUGUAGUUAGUAUAUCCUCCUCUAGAGGAUACUGUUGAGGAGAUUUUUACUGCACUAUUGUCUUGUGAGAGUCACAAUUUGCCAGUUUAAUACUUUUUCUUCCUUUUUACUACUUUUGGAAUUAAACAACUUUGUUAUUUCAAAGUAAACAAGCUAGAGCUAUAUCAAGUUAUACUUAAUUAAUAUACAUUUAAAUGCCUCUAGAUAAUGUUUGGUAAACAAUUAAAUUGUAUAGUGGUUUAAUUAACUUACUCAUUUCAUCUAACUGCUGCACUAUCAAAAAUUCUGAAUUGUCUAAAUUACCCAAGUGCAAUAAAACCAAGGUGUUGUUUAUUGCCUUUUUACAUCCAGCCAUUUUAACUGUUGUUUUACAUCUUUUGCACCAGAUUGAAUGUGCAACAUGACAUGGUCUUCUUCAUUUCUUUCUAUUGAUUUUCCUGCUGUUUUGUUGUUAAACUGUGCCAGACGUGUUGCUGAGAUGAAUCGCUGCUACCCAUGGCUGGCAGCACAUUCUGCCAGUGACAGAAGGGAUAAUUCCAUGUGGAUCAAAUAAAUACAGAUGUGAAGUAAUUAGUUAUAUUCCCAAGGAGCUCAUUGCUAACACACAUUAAAGAUGUGAAGGAUAGGGUAGGCCUCCCACAGGCAGCUUUUAUCAAUUCAACCUGCUGGAAUACAGGAGAGGUCAAAACCCUGCUGGCUGCUACAAUAAUAGAUCUGUUGUGUGUACACAGUGAUAAAUCAGGUCAAGAUACAACCCUUGGAAGACACACAUGAAACCCUUAGCUCCAACAGUUAUCUGUGUCUUCCUCUUCUCUUACAGACCCAUAACAUGUGUCUGUCCUCGCUGCUGAAGUACAGUCCACGCACCCUGAAGCGCAUCCGGAAUCUUAUUCAAGGGAAGCAGGCCUAUAUUGUGGGUGGAGUGGCUCAUGUGGAUGACCUGGCAGUAGCCGAUGAGUUAGGAGUGCCAAUUCUGGCUUCAGAACCGGCUGUUGCACAGCUCUACAACACCAAGUCUGGAGGGAGGAGGAUCUUUGAAGGAGCAAAAGUUGAUUUGCCACCUGGUCAAGGAGACAUCUACUCAUUAAACCAGGUCAGGGAUCAACCACAGAAAUGCAAACUUUACUCCAUUACAGCAAAGGAUCCACUUAUAAAUGCCUGAUAACAUAGAAAAAAAAAUCUUUAACCUUUUCUUGUAAUUGGUUAUGUGAUACGUUUAUUUUCAAUUCAUACUUCUUAUUUCUCUUUUAGCUUCAUGAAACACUGGCUGAGCUCAUGACCCAGAACAUUGACGUGCAGCGCUGGCUCCUCAAGAUUGACUCUGAGCAUGGUGGCCGUGGCACAGCUUACUGUGAUACAUGCCAUCUAAGCUGCUAUAAGUGGGCCCUGCAGAAAUACCGUUGUUAUGAUCCUGAGAAAUGGAAGACAGCAUGGAUUCAGGUAAAUAUGAGACUCGGAGGAUUACAUCAUUCCCCUCCUGUCAUAAACUGAAGUACCACUUCUUUUAUACCCUUACUUUUAUGCAAUGUUAUACUAAAUUUAAGAUUUUUACUGCUAUGUCUUAUUCUUUAUGGUUCCCUCCAAAGCAAUGGACUUUAUGAAAGUGCACCAACAUGAUUUUUUAAAAUGAUUUUCUUCAUUAUUACACUCAUACCAAUGAGAAAUCAGCCAUUUAAAGUUAGCAUCCUAACAAACAGAUUUUUAGAAACAGAUUGUUUAGAAGCAGGGGUCGCUGCAGGGUCAGAGAUAUGUCAUCAUCUAGCUUAGUGUAAGCUGUUUUAGUGUUACAGUCACAAAGCUGGUCCCUGUGGUACAGUAUUUUAAGUGCUGUCCCAAGAGCCACUGAACAUUAAAUCAAUCAAUAAAAUAUCAAUUCAAACACACAGUUAUUAUCGGUCCUCACACAUCAGCUAUGGUCCAUGUGUUAAAAAAGAGUGACCAAAGCAUUAUAAGUCUUGUAAAUCAAGUGUUUCUUCCCAGAACCCACGUCUAAUUUUGUUUAUAAAAUUAAAUAGAUUUCAUAAUGUAAAUCCACAGUUCAUUUGGAUUGUAUAAAACUUGUCUUAAAAAAAUAAGAUGAAGGAAAAAUGAAACUGUUCACAUUAAUUAAUCCUGUUUUUUCAGCUGAUGUUGAUGCACUGACGCUAAGCUUUGCAGUUAAUAGAUGAGUCUUGAGACAUUUAAGUACAAAUAGUGCAUUAAUCAUUAAAAGUAUAACUUUUUAAUUGUUAGAUAAAAUACUAGGAUUUACUUCCCCCUCAUGAUUCCCCCCACAUGAUUUAAUGUCAUACCUAUUCAAAACAAAUGAAACGUUUUCUAAUCAUUGGUAAACCAUUCGGUUAGUGCGAAUGCAAUCUGUGAGCAGCUUCUGAGCCUGUGGCUCUUAUUUCUCAUAUGCUUACAAAGUAGCCUUUGAUUUUCUGUCAUGUGUUAAUUACAGUAUUUUGCCAUUUAACUGGGAGCUUUGUGUAAACUAAUUACUGGCUAAUGAUUGUGGGCUUGAAGCACAACGAUUUUGCUUUUUAUUCCAUUUGAAGGAACAGCAGUCAUCUCGAGCUUCUUAAUGCUCGCUCUGUUUUGUUCCUAUUAGCUCAUUCUUUGAUUCACAGUGCAUGUGCGGUGCAGGGCUGUAAUUGUUGUGGCAUUGGUGCUGUUAAUUAUGGCAGAGAGUGGCUGAGCCACAGCCAAGGUCCAUAAUGGUGGCUGAGGCAGCACAGAAAGUAAAUGGGGUUUGUUUCACCAGCUGGGGUCCCAUGGAGAGGGAAGAGUGCCGAGGCCCCCAGUGUAGGCCGACAGCCUCGGGGCUUGUGGGCCAUAUGGACACAACACUUUAACUGGCCUUUAUUCUACACCUUGCUCUUUUAAUCAAAGCAAAGCCCACAUCCCAUGCUCUUCAUUGUGUGAUUUUUUUUGUAAUGACAACAUCUCUCCCUAAAAUGCUUUAGCUUUUAAAUGCAUUACAUCCUCCCUCUGAUGCUAAUGUGUUUAUUAAAGAUUGCAAUGAGGCCCUGUAUGUUGAAAGAUUUCAGAACAAUGAUGUUGAUUAAAUAGAAGCAUAUGAAUAUUUUAUACUGGUCUAUUUCCUUGCUGUCUUGUCCUCACAGCAGAAACUCUGGAUGGAUUUUUAAACGUAGUAGCAUAUUUUGAGAUAUAACACUAAUUAUUGGAGCACUUUGCUUGAAAGGACUAAACCUAAUGGCAAAGAAAAUGACAACCCGUAGAUUGGAUAUAUACCUACAUUAUGAUCAAUCAUUUAAACGUUAGAUGCUUAAUGCUAUGUUGAUGGAAUUGGAAGCAAUUUCAUUAAAUAUUGAUAAACAAAAAUGAUCAAAUCAAACAUUAUAAGUAUUGAUUCAUAAUUUAACACUUUUCAACAACUAUAAUGUUUACCAAAAAUUAGAAAUAAGUGACGAUUAAAGUGAAUAUUAUUAUAGCUAAGUUUAGUAUAAUAAACAAGUUUUAUAACUCGGCUGAAUGUCUCCUACACUUUAUAAUUAACUACUAAAGAUUAGGCGGCUAUUGAAAUUGUUCUUGGCCUUAGUCUACACAAACUGUGGGCAUUUUUUUUAAUUAUGGCUUGUCUUGAAGGGCUCAGCAUGAAAAGGCCAGGCUCACAAGAAUGCCAUGCAGUCUCUCAGAAUUAUAACAAUCAGAUCCCUUCUGGCUCUGCAUAAAAAGUCUAAAAUGGUAUUACAACAAGAGGGAGGAGAGAUUGCAUCAACACAGACUUCGAGGAGACAGUGCGUCUCUUUGAAUAUUGUGAGGCCCACAGCCUCCAGCAUAAUGUUUCAGCCUGCAGAAAGCCCCCCGGGCAUCUUUAAGCAUUUACACAGAGAGAGAGGUUAAAGUCAUGUAGAUCUGCACCCAUGCUACGCCUGAAGGGGGCCUCACACAGACACACAUGCACCACACACACUUAAGCUCUCACACAGCUUGCAUAUGGAUCAUUAGGCACAAGAGGGUAAAAAUUACACCUAAUAGCGUCAACAGAUGGAGUAUUUCUUUUUGUCAUGCUGUGUACAAACAGAUCUUGAGCAACACCUUAUUUAGGUUAAGUUUGUCAACGAAAUGGGUCAUUUGAUAAUCACUACCACUGAGGGGGUGCAGGGACUUUUAUACAGAUGUUUUCUGUCUAAAUAUUGUGCAGCCUGUGAUUGCAUGAAAGAGUUCUAAAAUAUGUUCCACCUUAACAGAAUUUUCUAUAAAUAACACUAAAUAAGAUAUUCAAAAGUUGUCUUUUGCUCCCUUUAUAACUCAUAAUUGAAUGUUUCCAUGUGGUUUCUUUGAUUUCAGUGAGGAAAACGAAUGCUCAUUUUAGACGGAGGACAUUUUACUGUUGUUAAAUUCAACCAGGUUUGAAAAUGAUGCUUGAACUUCAGUUUCUUUAUUUUUCAUGUAAUAGUACAACAUUAUUCAUAAGCUAAAGAGCUAAAAGUCUGGCAGGGACGUACUGCAGAAAAAUGAAUAUUCAUCCCAAAUAUAUUUCCUGUCAACUGUAUUCUUCUAUUCCUGAAAUUGACUACAGUUGUUUCACCACGUAAUAGAGACAGAGAAUAGCAAUCAAAAAGGCAGGGCAACAUCUUUUUUUUUAUUAUUUAUGACCAGAUUGCCUGGCUUUAUGUGGACACCAAGCAAAGCCUGAAUCCUAUCACAGGGGACUGUACGCAGUUUAAGUCCAAAUAAUUUAUUGCAAAAUACCUCUCUUUCUUCUCUUCCUGUCCUGCUGUUUCUGCGAACUGCAUAGGCAAAGUCCUGGGGUGAGCUUGCUCUUCCGUUGAAAAUGACAACCGUUCCCUUACACUUUUUGCCGCACCAUUGUGUGCUUUAUGGUUUGUAUAGGGGGAAUCACUGUGUAGCAUUUGACCUCGCCUCUUACAGUACUUGAAUAUGAUGAUGGCUGUUACAUGACUGGAAUAUCAACAGCAUAAUCUCCAGUCCUGUCUCCAGUGAAGCCAGACAGCAUAUAGUCAAACAAUGUAAUGCUCUGGAUUGAACGAGAAGAGAAUAAAGACAUCAUUUCCAUUCAGAUUCUUCUCUUCUUUCAGACAGGUUUCACGUAUUUUGAUGGGUAAGACUGAAUCAGAUCUCUCUUUCAUGGUGACACAAAGACAUUAGUGCAUACUGACUUCUGUAUUUGAAGGAAGACCCAGCACUUAAAGUCCUUGUAAAGUCAUUAAAAGCACUCAGUUAUGUUCAGUUACUGCUUUAUAAUGCAAUAUAUCUAAUGUGAAAUGGCAGCAAAGGGCAUAGUAGAGUCAUUUUAACUUUAAAUAUAUUAUAACAUCGUGGCAGGAAACAGUGUUCAUGAAUUGACAAAGAUGCCUUAAACCAAAAGUGAGAAAUUAACAGCAUAAUUAAGUGCUGAAACCAUUAUGGCAUUUCCUAGUUACAGAAACAAGAGUGAUAUUGAUCCCAGUCGAGCCCUGAUUGAUCCCCAGAAAGAUGGGGUUAGCUUAGGCAUUCAUCAGCUGCCCAGUGGAGAGAGUUGUUAUUGAAGGCAGGUGCUGUCUCUGUGGCUGUGAGUUAAAGCCAUUAGACUCCUGAGGCCUUCUGAUAAUAGGCUGUCACUCACUGAUAGACCCUCCUGCAGUACCCAUCAGACACUCGCACAGAAAUUGAAGCAGCCACCAAAGGUCUCAAGGAUAACAAGCAGUCACUGGAGUCAUCCGGAUAACACAAGGGCAUUUCCAAUAAUGUAGUCGACAACUAGAGAGCUUUGGUAAUGGGACAAAAUAAAGUAGCCAGCACUUGUUAUUGACUUGUGCUUGAAUUAACAAACGUACAUAAAGUCCUCAGAUCUGUCACCAACUAAUUUCAGUCGAUCUCUAAUGCAUGCACUUUCACUUUCUUUAUGCAGGAGUCUGUACUGCUCAGAUAUUUAGAUGAGAUCCCAGAGUGGCUUGCACGUUACGCCCAGCCUGUUAAAACUUCCUGCUAUCCCACCUGGGUCAGCUUCCUGAAGACCUUCCUCAGGCAAGGUCAGAAUACUUUUGUCAGGCACUGAAUGCAAUUCACCUGCAAAUGCAGCCUUUCUGAAUAUGUUAACAGUCGUUUGUAUCCCCAGAUGUUUCUUAUCCGAGCUGAAAAAUUAAAUAGUUAUUAUGUUACUCUUUUGGUUGUUGAACUGCAGACCGGACAGUUUUACAUGCUGUACCUCUUGUACCUUUUAGCUGUCUGUGCUAUAGUUGGUCACCUGUUCUCACUGUGUCCAGGUGGAGUUGUUGAGGCCUAUCCACCUUCAGAAAGCGUCACCUGUCUGACAGUAGAUCUGCUCUUGGAGCCUGGGGGUGAAGUCACCAUGCUGUCCUGUGGAGACCAGCUUCACGGUUCCUGUCAACUGGAAUCUUUGGGCUCCACUGUUCCUCAGACCUCUGUACCUCCUGACAUCCUGAACUCCAUUUGCAUUAGUGUGGGCCAGGCGUGUCUACAACGUCGCAUUGUGGGUCAUAUCUCACUGGACCUGGCUACCUUUGUGGACCCCAACACCAUGGAGCAAAAGGUGAGACACAGGAGAGAGCUUUAGCUCAGGGUACCAUGAUAAUGGUGUUCCAGGCUGUUGGAACACACCGUGCCAAAGCUCUCUAUUUCACCAUACCGGUGAAGGGGAUCAAUUCUUUGGCUGCAUUAGGGAUCCAUAUAAGCAGGUAGGUGCCUCCCGUACUGCUCCCCAGGGGUUUGAUAAACAGACAAGGCAAACAGUGGGCAAGGGGACUAAAUGUGUCACAAGACCAUCUAAUAAACUGUCAGGUCUUAUUGUGUCGAUACACUGAUUCCACCAUUUAAAGCCUGCCCUUUAACCCUGCAAUGCCGAGAAAUUCAGAGGCACCUUUCCUUCAGACAAUAGGUCAUUCUAAAGUGAUUUGUGCAGCUUCACGGGGAGGACCUGUCACUAUUUAACCACUCACUGGUUACUUGCAGUGGUCCGCUGAAAUUUCUUCCUUUAUUAUAGCCAGGCGCUAUCGAAGCCUUGUCUCAUUUGUCAGGAUUAAGUUUUGUUGAAACCUCCUUGAUUUAUGAUAUUGGAAAUGGACUGGUUUAUGAUGGUUUAACCUCUGCUCCUCACAUGUGGCUACAUUGACUGCUUAUUGAUCCAGAGCUUUAAAAUGAAAUGCUCUGUUUAUAAUGUGGUCUAUAAAAUAUUCAAACUGCACCACAAUGCUCUCUGGAAAACUGGAUUGAUUUUUUUGUUUCAUUUUUUAAAUUCUUAUCAUUAAAAUAAAUUAAAUAACAAUUAAGACAUUUUGCAUUUGGAUUUUCUCCAGACCUUUGCUGUUUAAUCUUUGUUUGCAUUCAUUCUCAGCUCGGGAUUCUCAGCAUAAAAAAUGAGCUUGGAGUAGAUGGUGGCUAAGGGCAUGAUUGCCACUAGAGGGUAGUAUCUUAUGGAUUAGAAUGUUAACACUAAAACACUGAGCUAAACAGUGUUUUGACAAUGCAACAUGCAUGUCAAACUUGUGUUUUUUUUUUUUCUUUAUACAACUAAAAUUCCAGGUUCCUUUAAAUAUAUAAUAUGUUUCUCAGUCGUCUUUCCUGUACUGAGGAUUUAAUCACAUUAUAUUCACUUUAAUGUCAAACAUAUCUCCCACCUAUCGCACAGGAUACCUUCUAUUCAAAUACAGUCAAACUACAUUCUGAUGUUAAUGACACUCAAAUCAGAAAAUGUGCUUUUUCACAAAUUCAUCACAGGGACAGGAGCUGCACUCUUCUUUAACUGUUUAAAGUGAUAUAAUAGCCGUCUUCAAUUUAAUUUUUCAUUUUCAGUCUUGACCUGAAAUUGAAUGGGAUUCACUGACAGCAUAAUUAAGAACAGACUAUAAACAGCAUGUGCUUGAAUAGAAGCAGGAACAUUAAAGGCGGAUUCUUAAGCAUCUCCCCUCACACAGAUGCAGACAGAGGAGAGCCACAUGGGCAAACCUGUCUGGAUUUAAACAUCAAUUUAGAUUCAAACCUGUUGCUAAAAGCUGCCUACUUUAUUUGAUGUGAAGAAGUGGGUCACAUAUGUUUGCCCUUGCAGUCCUCCCUCACAUUGUGGAACGGUGGGGCCCCAGCUGCAGCAUCAGGGAUUUUAAUGAAAAUGCAAGGCAAUAGAAAACAGGUACAAUCCAGGCUUACAUUUGCCACAGCUUUGUUAAAAGCAACAAUGAGACAUGGGGUAUGAUUUUUAGUGAGUCUUGUGAAUGGCAUUAGGGGUGUUCAUCCUGCAGGCCCAGGUACCAACUGGAUGCAAGGAGAUUUGUAUUCAGUGUUAGCUAGCUCUGACAGUAAAAGGUGACGAGGUGCAGGGCUACAUAACGUAAAUGUAAAAUGCUUUUGAUUGUUUUGAAGUGUGUAUCUUAGAACAUGUUACAAAUGGUUCUUUAGCCGUCAUAUAGCUGGUUUUAAAGCUUGAUCAAAAAAGAGGAAUUGCACUUUUAACUGGUGUAGUUGUAAAUGAAAUACAAUCCUUUUUUCACUCAGGGAAAAUUUAUUGUAGAAUAUCACUGACAACAAUCAAAAAAAAAAAAACAUAGGUUUUGCCAAAGCACCUGAUGUUGGAAAUAUUAAAAUCAUGUUUUUGUUCCUUUUCCCCCUUAAAUUUCAGAAUUAAUUUAGGGCUAUGUGGAGAGUUUUUCAUGCACUUUGUUAGAAAUGUGAACAAAUUUGUUUUAAAAUCUCUAAAUUUUUACUUGAUGUUUUUACUAGAUGACCUGAACAACUGAUGGUUUUGAAAUUGUUAAAUUUUCUUAAUUUUUAGGUUAAAAAUAGAAAUAAUUAUCUACCUUUGCAGGCCAUUUUUUUUAACCACAUAUUUUUGUGAAUAAAAUGAAAUGUAACUUUCAGUAGGAUUCCUGUAUGUGGUCAGAUAUCAGAGUGUUAGUGGAGAUAAAGAGCUCAGGUUAGAAAGACUGCAGGGUUCAGACAGGCAGCGAUUUGCAUUCAGUGGCAGGAGCGUUUACUUUGACAAAUAGGAACAGCAAAAGGAGGCAGCCGACUGCCACUUAGUUAUUAACAACUCCUUCACUGGUGAUUUAUUUGCCACUUUUGAAGAGAGGGCAUAGCUAUUAGGUUAUUAUUGGGAAAAUUAGCCCUGUUUAAGCAGAAGGCUACGACCAUACCUGACCCCUUAAUAUACUUAUAAUGAUGCCAUUUACCAUACAUAUCUGGACUUAGCUUCUCAUCAGACCUGAGCCACACAAAGUAGCCAAGGGCAGACUGAAUCCAACUACACUGUGAAGGACCUACUUUGUGCAUGUGUCAUUCCACAACUGAAUUACCUAACACUGUGGCACACACACUAUUUACAGUGUUUCUUUCUUUCCCUCGCUACUCAACUGGAUAAAACUGCAAGGAUUAAAAGGUACCAACACUUGUCUGACUAUUGAGUAUUACUGGGUGAAAAAUGUAGAUAUUUCCCUUUUGUGGUUAAAUUGGGUUCACUAAGGUUAUUUUGUCAGCUUUUUUGGUACAACACAGAGCUCAUACUUUCUUCUGUGCAGGUAUGGGCUAUUGAUCUGGACCUGACAUACAGUAAUCAGCUGGCCAUGACACAGAUGCUUCUGAUGAUGACUGGAGGGUCGCUGAAUUGCCGUACAGGCUGUUUAGAAGUGCCAAUGCCAAUCAGAGAGACAUGCUGUGAACACGAGACUACAGCUAAAGUACCUUUUUAUAUCUACUCAUAAUAACAGUUUUGAUAGUUGAAAUUAUUUUCUUAAAAGAGAAGAAUGUGUGUUUUAUUCUGUAUUUCAAGUUUUAUUCUCCUCCCGUGUUAUUUUACUUUAGAAAACAACCACCGGGUCUAAAGGAAGCUGAAGAUUUAUAGGACAUAAUUAUACCACUGUAGUAAUCACAAAGAUAGAUCAAUGUUUUGCUCUUUAUUUUUGUUAAAUACAACUAAAUACUGUAAUUACGCACUGAGCUCAAUUGGUGUUUAGGUGCUGAAUUCAUUAUCAUUUUGAUGGAUGAGCCUAAAUAAUCAACACAUUAAUAAUUCAUACCAUUUUCAUUAUGCAUGUGUAUGCAUGCUUGAACACCUCAUCAACCUGGUGCCAGGCCUCAAACAAUAGACUUCUGUUAUUAGCAGUAUGCCUGAGUUUACGCUUGUUAAUCUGCAGCUUGUGUUAUUUUAUCAAACAUUCAUUUAGUCAGUGGCCUGGCGCUUCGGUGCAGCACUUGAGCCAGCGCAGUGGUUAAUGGCUUUUGCAGUGGCCAUCAUUAGGGACCUGCAUAUUACAAACACAAUUAAACCACUGUUGGACACUUUUAUUGUUAUGUGAGGGUCCUGUGUUUGACAACUGUAAACACACAGCCAUCACGGCGAGUUAUGGGCUCUCUCCUGAGCUCCGAGGGGCUUAGGCUCACUCUUCUCCUCUCCCAAAGGUACCGCAGAACCAGGAAGGUUUUUAUCCUCCUGAGCGCUGCCACUUUUAAGUAAUCAACCUCUCUAGUGUUACUUAUCACACUCAUGCUCAGAGCACACCUAUUGUACAGUAAUGUGUUGAAGAGGAGUCCUUUUGUGCAGUCAGAAGUGCUUUUGUCUCAAAUGGAAUGCAACCUUUUUUUCCCCCUAAAACCGUCAUGUCUUUGAGUGGCAUCGUACAAUUAAGCCCAUCUUGUAUUUGGCAUGUUUUCUAACCAUUAAUUGUUCCUCCCUGCAGUUAAUUAAGAAAGGCCCAACAGUUUACCACAUGUGCCCCACAUGCAUCAUGUUUACUAAUCACACACACUCCCAAAACUCAACAGUGACCCUAAGGACAUGUGUAUGGGGUUCAGCCAUCGCUACACUACCGGUUUUAUAUACCCAAGCACCUAUUAGCCUCAAACCUUAAACCUAAUACAACUAAUCAUGAUUGUCUUGUUGAAAAUGGAAGGUUAAAACCAAUGAUGCACCAAUACUCUUUCUCUCUGUCGCUUUCUUUUUUCACAGCCUCCUGCUGGAAGUUGUUACGCAGUUUUUGUGAGCCACUUGUUUCACUCAAACCUCUCCAUGCUGUAUCACCAUGUGUUCUUAAAGAUAUGCAAGGCUCAUGGCAUAGGAUUUAACAUGAAGGUAGAGAAAAAACGAACAAAUAUAGACAUUCACUUGUUUUCCUGUCUGACUCAUUUCUGACAUCUUAGAGUGUGUUUGAUUUAAAGAGGCAUUACACAGAUUUUUUAGACAUUUGAGGAGCUGAUAAGCUGCGUGGUGUGCAGGAAGAAUGAAUAAUAUCUCUGUCUCUCCUGUGUAGAUUUUAGAAAAAAAUCUAUUUCAUAGAUCACACAAAGUUAUAUAAAUGCAGUGAUGGAUCUGUAUGUCAGCCUGAAUGACAACACUGUGUGAUGAUGGGUCUCGUCUUUGUCUGCUGUACAUUUUGAAUCUGUAAUUUCAGAAGAAGCAAGGCACCGUUUUUGCUCUGUAUGACAGCACUGACAGAUCCGUAAUGGGAAUGAUGUAAGUAUUUAUUUCUUUUUAUUUGUUAAAUGUAUGUGCAGAAAGGAUUUAGAGCAUAUGUAGGCGUUGCUUAACUCCACACUGCUGAGAUAGUCAAGGAUAUGAAAAACAAUAGAGAUUGAAGUGAAAACUUCUUUUGACUAAGAGUAGUCAUUUCUUUUCGAAGAUUAAGGUGCCACCUCUGGCUUUGUUAAUGUUGUUACAAAGUCCAACAGUUGUUAAGCGGAGGGUUAUUUAACAUAUUUAUCACCAGAAUCCUUUCACUUUCACAAUGUUGGAACAGUUAAAUCAAGCUGUGUUCAUCCCCCCAAAGACUGAAGAUGUUGUCUGCUGAAAGUUUCAUUUAACCAGCACCAUCAGACGAAGGAGGUGAUUGUUUCUUAGCUGGCACUAUGGGAAACAUUAGUAAACUCGUUUGUUUGGGGUGUUGUUAAUAGGACUGUCUCAGAAGAUCUCCAGGGAGCUCUCAUGACCUUUGCUCAGAAUCUGUCCGUCAUUCAUCAGGAAAUAUCAGCCCCUAAGAUGCAAGGAGAAACCAAUUUCAAGGUACCCUGUUAAUGACUUAACGAUCUCUCCUCAUCUGUAUAAUUUAACUUGAAUAUUCAGUGAAGUGCUGGUCAGCUGGAAUGCUUGUGCUGAGAAAAAAAAUAGUGCAUCAGAAUAAAAUCUUUUUAAUCUUGAAUUCAUUCUAACCUGUUUUCUGUUGUUGUAGGGGUUGAUCAAGGAAAUAGAAAAAGUGCUGCAGCUGACUGGAAAGAAUAAGAUGGAAGCAGUGGAGGAUAAAACUGCUGCUUAA